AUGACCGAAAAAAUUUCAGAAUCAGGAUCGUUUUUCGGUAGCUCCUCGCCACUUAAAGGUAUCACCGUGGAUAAAUCUGUGGAGUUCAUGUAUGAAGAACUAGCCGAGGCCACAGACAAUUUUAGUAUAUCUUUUAAAAUCGGGCAAGGUGGUUUUGGAGCUGUUUACUAUGGGGAGCUAAGAGGCGAGAAAGCCGCUAUAAAAAAGAUGGACAUGGAAGCUUCGAAGGAGUUCCUGGCUGAGCUUAAGGUGCGCUUGAUAGGAUACUGUGUGGAAGGUUCGUUGUUUCUGGUUUACGAGUAUAUCGAAAAUGGUAACCUUAGCCAACACUUGCGCGGUAAA